UCCCCUGUGGCCCCACAAACAGCCACGAAUCCGUACCUCGACACGAAAAGUGCACUCGCCGGAGCGCGUGGCAGCACGUUCACAGCGCCGGUAACUGUGAUGCCGGCAACGGAGAAUACCACAUUCUAGCGACCUCAAAUUCUUUCCGUGCAUCAGACACUGACACCCUGCAUAUUCUGGUUUGUUCGUCGCCGAAACGCGCGGAAUAGAGCGAGGGCUCAUGUUUGUCGCGUGGAGGUGAGCACAUGGAAUCCCUGCUGUCCGCGAAUAAGAUGCCCGCCAACUGCGGAUUAAUCUACAGCGGCACAACGCGCUCAAACGCGCGUUUGAAUUUAGUUUCCCAGCGAGUCGUACAUUUUCAUAUUUUUGUCGUCUCCUUCUCGUCUAGGGGUAAACCCUAGUCACUCUCUGGCUCCGGUCUCUCCCCCCAGUUGCCCAUCGAUCAGAGUAACUAUCGGACCACCAAACCCUAGAGUUCUCCUCCGCUUGGCCGUCUUCUUCCUGGUGUUCUGCAUUUCGCGAGAUCGAAGUCUGCCGGCCUCGCACAACCGGAGAGUAGAGGCCUCGGAAGCUGCACUCCGGCAAGGCGAUCAGCUCGGUCGUUGAAACUUGAAAUUGCGGUUUUUAUUCAGAUCCUUUUUUCUGUAAUUUCAAUGGGAAGUUCACCAAAUCACAGUUCAGAGGAGGAUACGGAUGUGAGUGAAUCCGAAAUGGAUGAAUAUGAAGAUAAAUCUUAUAAAGAACUGAAGAAUGGGACUCACAAUGUAAAAGUUUCAGAGGAUGCUUUUACUUGCCCAUUCUGUCCCAAUAAAAGAAAAAGAGAUUUCCUUUAUAAGGAACUCAUCCAACAUGCAACAGGGGUGGGUAAUUGUACCUCAAAUAAGAGAAGCGCAAAAGAUAAAGCAAAUCACCUAGCACUGGUGAAGUACUUGGAAAAGGAUCUAGCAAAUGUAGGUGGUCCAUCAAAGCCUGUGGAUGGGGCUGAUCCUCCUAUUGGUUGUGAUCAUGAUGAGAAAUUUAUGUGGCCCUGGACAGGCAUUGUUGUUAAUCUUCCAACUGAAUUUAAAGAUGGGCGUUAUGUCGGAGAAAGUGGAUCCAAGCUGAGAGACCAAUUAAUAAGGAGAGGGUUCAACCCUAUCAGAGUUCAUCCACUGUGGAAUUAUAGGGGCCAUUCAGGAAGUGCUGUGGUGGAAUUUAACAAAGACUGGCCUGGGUUGCAUAAUGCCUUGUCAUUUGAGAAGGCCUAUGAGGCAGAUCAUCACGGGAAGAAGGACUGGCAGGCAUGUAACGGCAAAGGAUCUGAUCUUUAUGCUUGGGUUGCGCGUGCCGAUGACUACAAUUCUACAGGGAUUGUUGGAGAUCAUCUCCGGAAGGUUGGAGAUCUUAAAACGAUAUCUGAUAUUAUAGCAGAAGAAGCCCGAAAGACCAGUAAACUUCUAACUAACCUGACAAAUGUAAUUGAGGACAAGAACAGGCACAUGAAAGAAAUAGAAUCCAAAUUCAACGAGACUUCUGUGUCCCUCAACAUCCUAAUUGAAGAGAAAGAUAAGCUUCAUUUAGCCUAUAAUGAAGAGAUAAGAAAGAUACAGCUCAGUGCACGGGAUCAUUUUCAGAAAAUUUUUAAUGACCAUGAAAAGCUUAAGUUGCAGUUGGAAUCUCAGAGGAAAGAGCUGGAGUCGCGUGUUGAAGAAUUAGAAAAGCGUGAGGCUAAAAAUGAAAGUGAAAGAAAAAAAGUUUUUGAAGAGAUAGAAAAGAAUGCCUUGAGAAAUAGUUCACUUCAACUGGCAGCUUUGGAGCAAAAGAAGUCUGAUGAAAAGGUGUGGAAAUUGGCUGAAGACCAGAAGAGGGAAAAAGAGAGACUUCACAAGAAAAUAAUUCAACUUGAAAAGCAACUGGAUAAAAAGCAAGCACUGGCAUUGGAAAUUGAGCGCUUAAAGGGGACAUUAAAUGUUAUGAAGCACAUGGGAGAUGAAGGCGAUACAGAAGUUAUGAAAAAGAUGGAGGAAAUAUUCAAGCUUUUGAGGGAGAAGGAAGGAUCACUUGAGGAUUUAGAAGCACUGUACCAAACUCUUAUAGUGAAGGAGCGAAUGAGCAAUGAUGAGCUGCAAGAUGCUCGUAAAGAAUUGAUAAGUGGCUUGAAAGAAAUGUCAAGUGGUUCUCAUAUUCGUGUCAGGAGAAUGGGGGAACUGGACAACAAACCAUUUCAUGAAGCAACCAAGAGAAAGUAUCCUGAGGACGAAGCAGAUGAACGAGCUCUAGAACUUUGUUCAUUGUGGGAGGAGUACCUUCGAGAUCCAGAGUGGCAUCCUUUUAAAGUUGUUGAGGUUGAAGGGGAGCAUAAGGAAAUAAUAAAUGAUGAUGAUGAAAAAUUGAAAGGCUUGAGGAAUGAGUUUGGGAAUGAAAUGUACAAAGCUGUGACAGCAGCCUUGAUGGAGAUAAAUGAAUAUAACCCAAGUGGGAGGUAUAUUAUCACAGAACUAUGGAACUAUGACAAAGGAAGGAAAGCUACUCUUAAAGAGGGAGUGUCUUUUAUACUUGACAGAUGGAAAGCAUAUAAACGCCUAAGAGUAUUGUGAAGGAUAUCCAUCACCUACUUUUGCUCAUCAGAGAAGGCAAUGAUACCUAUUGAGCAGUGGAGCUAAUUACAUCCUGUUAUAUACAGGCACUUAACUUAGAGAGUCUAGGCCUGUUAACAUGGCAGGUUAAUCAGGUAUCUUGAAUCAUUCUGAGAUGCAACUGAAAACCAGCAAGUUCUCCUCUUCCCCCCUCCCCAGGUUAUAUUGCUCAAUGAAUGAAGAGCGGUGAUGUUUUUCAUCUGCUGAUUCUUACUCCUCCACUUCUCCUCAUUAACUAAUAGCAGGUUUGAGUUUUUAUCUGCAUUUUCUUUCUUUUUUGUGCAUAGAACCUAUGGUUAUCAAUUUUUUUAUUUCACUAAAAACACUAGCAAUCUAAUGUUUGGAUUUUAUUUUAGCUGGUUUGAGUUUUCCAUUGGUUCUUAAACAAUAUAUAUAUAUAUAUAUAUUCAGUUUUGACAGUUAAAGAGUGAAUGGAAUCAUUUUGUGGCACCAAGGGGGUGCCAACUCGUAUAUAAAGAGACCCAUUUAUGAGGAAUAAGAUCGAAUGGGUGUAAAAAAGCUUGUACAUCCAAGAAAAGUGAUGACAAUUAAACCAAAAAUGCAAGGUUUCGAUCCACGCAUCCUUCAUAAUUUUUAGUGUUAUUUUUUAUUUUUUUUCCCUUGAAGAUUCUCUCAUUUCUUUUCCUACUCACACCCCAAAUAAAGGUGAGUGGAUCAAAGGAAUGAGUUUUUUCAUCUUUGUACAUGUAUGUACAGCUUCAAGUCCAACCUAACAUCUUCAGCUGCAUUUUUUUUUUAACAGAGCUGACAUUUGUUUACAAGGAUUAGAUUCCCCUCCCCCCUCUCUUUUGCAGGUUGUUUAUUGUCAAAAUCCUCUCCUUGGUUUAUUCCUUCAAAAAAAUAAAAAACUAUCUUUGUCAGAGCAAAAUUUCUCCAGAUGGCCUUUUUUGGGGAAAUUAACCCUUGUGCAGACCAAGUUCCUUUUUGAUGAGGCCCCACUAGUAAGAUCUAGCGUUAAAACAACUUCCAUUAUCAGUAUCCGCAUUGGAUGAUCUUCCAAAUUUAUGUUUACUAUUUUGUAGAAAGUAAAAGAAGUCUGAAAUGACCUGUAUCUCCCAAUCUUGAUCACUUCUCUCUAAUGGGAUAUUUUAAACAACUACUCCUCUGAAGGAACGAGCAUGGGAAUAGGAAGGAUCUUUUGAGAGAUAGGGAAAUUGAGAUUUCAGAGGGGUUUCUACACACAAUCUCCAAUGAUGAAGAAAAGAAUCGAAUUUCCUUUGAAAAGAAAAUUAGGGUUAGUCUCUAUGUCUCAUAGUCCUUUAAGUGGCUAGAAUGGGCUGGUAUGUACAGUUUCAGUCUUUAACUGGUGCAUAUAUAUUCUCUUCCCAGUUAACUUAUUCAUUUGUAUUCCAUGGGCCAGUAUUUGUCUAUUCCUCUUAUGUAGGGCAUACCAUCUAUUCUGCUGGUACACAAAUUUUAGUAUUUUUUGAAGGGUAAAUAUCAUUCCUUAUUGCUUGCUUCUGCAUGCAAGAGUUGCUCCUUAUUUGAGCUCAAUAUUUACCAGUAGGAAGAAAGAAAGAUCUUUAAUGACGAUGAGUUUUCAAUGCUAAGAAUGCCUUUGAUUUGUGGAAAGUGAUACACUAUGUCUAAAGCAUUCAUUCCCCAAAUUUUGGCCAUGGGUGCUGCAUCAUCUUGCCUAUAAUCUGAGUCUAAACUCCAUGCUACUUUUAUGCUGUUUGGGGUGUGCCCCCUGCCAGCAUCAUCAAUGUUUCAGGAAGUUUUAAACUUUGAACCUCUCCAUGCCACUGACACUAUUGACAUAUGUGCUUCUGUUGUAUAUGUGGAAUGGUUUUGGUUGGAUGACUGAAAGUAUAAAUAGUCUUGACACUGUUUGCUUAUACUUAAUGCUUAAAAAUCCACUUUUUUCCAUGUGCUUUUGUUGGAACAGAAUGGGUUAGGAGUUGGAUGGCAUAAAAAAUUGUAUUAAAAACAUGUACGACCAAUUCCACUUCCUUCUUUAGUACCAAGCUUAUCAUCUCAUCACUAUAUUUAAAUGAAAAAAUUGUUGGCGGGCCCAUCAAAUGCUUUAUUAAUCUCUCUGCAUUUUUUGUUGGGGAGGGGUUGAUAAACCAUGCAAUUGUUGGCAGCAGUAUCAGGUUCUGUAUUCUACAAACUGCAAAACAAAGAAAUCAUCUUUCCUUUAAAAGGUAUGUGAGACACCAAUUUUUCCUUAGAAAUAGAGGUUGGCUGUGGAUGCCUAUUCACUUCAGAUGGUAUAUAAAUAAAUUUGAAUACCUGUGCAAAAUCAUGUAUAUAAUAAACUCCUCAUUUCAAUAGCAUCCUUGUUUAUUAGCAUUGCAGUUGUAACACAAUACAUCUUCAUUUAAUUUGUUUAUAAAAUUUAUUAAUUCCUUUAGUUUGUACUAUUUUUAUAAUUUAAUUAGCCCUCUGUUUGGAAAGGCCUCAGAUUUGGAUUUGUAUUGGAUUUGAAUAAAAUGUAAUAUAAAAUUGUACUAAAAUUUGUUCAAAUGCACUUAAAUUCAAAUCCAAUGUCUAAAUUCUUUUUGUGUCAGUCGGGAGAUUUUAAGAUAUAAGGUAGAAACCAAAGAAAGAGAUGUUGGUAGUUGUGAAUUAUUAACGAGCGAGUUAUGGAUUCAUAAGUGGUAGGUAAGUACCCAAGAUGUUUGUGGUUGUGAAUUAUUAAUGAGUGAGUUAUGGAUACAUAAGUGGUAUAUGCAAGUACCCAUAGACUAGUUAUUGGAGGCUUUUUAUUUUUCCUGUAGUGGCGUAGUGCCAUUAGUUUUCCUAUUCUACUAAUACUUUGAACAGGGAUAUUGGACCCCAGAGUAGGGGAACCCCACUUCCAUAUAUGUAUAUAGAAUAAUAUCCCUUUGAAAGAUGUAAAGUCUUUCGGUUCUGGUAAUUUUUCUCAUAUGGAAGCGCUAAUGAUAUUUGAUGCUACAGGAAAUAACAGAUGGAGUGCUGAGGUGAAGUGGCAUGCUGGCAUGUGUUGCGCGAGAUGUCGGAAGACACCAGCAUGUGGAAGAAUGAGAGAAUAAUUUUAUUUGAUGGUUGUACACUUGUACCAGCAAAUUGUUUACUCUUGUGUAAAUUUUCAAAAUUAUGUUAUAGGAGUAUGUGCACCCAGGAUACAGCUUUCUGGGAAUGAACUGCAAUAUUGCGGACAUAUAUUGACGUCGUUAGCGGUGUAGAGAAAAACAAAUGUGGAAAGAGGACCUGCUUAAUCAUGUAAUGUUCAAUCCGUGUUGCAUCAUUCCUUCA